CCGCCGCGAAUCCCAACUCUAUGACAGACGAACCUCUCAAUCUCCUGCUAGCCAUGAAUCUACACUGCGGGUGUUCGACACUCCGCACACAGCUCGUGAUCCACCUUAUCCACCUCGCGAGCUCGGCGAUGCACGUUGCGAAAGCUCGUUUAGGCUACGUCCGAAUACGACUCGUGGACUGGUCCAGCAUGUCCAAGAACCCCGCGUCCGCUGCUGGUGACCUCUCUGACCCACUGCUGUACGCCGCUCAAGGCAUCUGCCGCAUCGACCGGAGUGCCCCCUUCUACGAUGUAACUGGCAAUCGCUUUGGGGACGGCGCCUGCAGCAUCCCAUCCCAUCCUCCCCGCAUCCCUAUUCGUCGCCUCGUCCCUAGAUGCGUUGUCGUCUGCGACUAGGACGAACUCGAUACGCAACAGUCCCGAUGCCGCCUCUCAU